AAUGAAGUUCACUAUCAAGUUACGACAUACUUUUGGCACAAAUAGUUUUUCCGCAAUGCGCGAAAUGGGUAAUUGCGAAAAUCCAUUUUAGGGCACGUUGCGAAAAAUUCAUUUUCCAGCGCAAAAAAAACACAAUUGAGUUUGAAGUAGCUUCAAAAAAAGGGCAGCACAAAGAAUAUUUUACCUUCUGUUCUUCUUUCCUGGCGGUUAAAAGCUCUACUGUCUCGAUAAAGAAAGGCGGCUUACUGGCUAACCAUUUGCUACUUCAACUGAGAUGUCCAAAGGUGAUCACAAUUCAAAUUCGGUGGUUGGUGCUGGUGAUGAGUCCACCCCAAAACCUCAUUAUUCAAUUGACCCAAAUGAUGGUAAAACCAAAAACCAAAACAACAUUCAUCAACACAGUUAUCACGCUUUACAUGAGUAUAAUGAUAAUGACGAUGGUGGGUCUCCAUUGUUGAAAAGAAUCAAAACAAAUGAAAGAGUUAAUUCGGCCGAUUCACACAACUGGGGAAACAGAAGGCCAAGUUUCUUAGGAUUAGGUUCUUCAUUGAAUCUAUCUAAAGAGAAUGACAAAUUGUUAAACUAUAUUGAAAAAUCUUCAAGAUUAGAUACUGUUCAAGAACUGAGACAUUUGAGUUUAAUAGGUCACAUUGGAAGAUAUUUUGAUUGGAGUGAAAGUUACAAAACUGAUGAUGAACUGAAAGCGUUAAAGAAUAGAAAAUUGAGAAAUUUUUAUGAAGAUCAAAAUGAAUUAAUUGAAAAAUACCAGGAAGUUGAUAAAUUAUUAGAUAGUGGAAUUCAAAUCAAUAUGAUUAGAAAUUACAGUGAUAGAAAUGACCACGGAGAAGUUCAUAGACCAAUUCCUAAUGAAACUUAUGGAUCAAUUGAGCAUGAAGAUGAUGACAUUGAACCACCAACCACUCCACUGCAUAGAAAAGAUAGUGCAGUUCCUGGUAAUAUUGAUCUUGAAACAGGUUUAUUGUUGGGUUAUAAUAAAGCUGAUGAGAUUGCCUUGAUUAAUUUCGCAAUUCUUGUUAAUUUUGCUGCAAAUAUCGCCUUAUUAUUGGGGAAAGUUGUCGUUGCUGUUUUAACAUCAUCUAUAUCUAUUGUGGCCUCUGUUAUUGAUUCUGCAUUGGAUUUCCUUUCAACAUUAAUCAUUUAUUUUUCAAACAAAUUGGCAAAUACUAAAAAUCCAAAAAGAUUCCCAAUAGGAAGAGCAAGAUUAGAACCUAUUGGUGUCUUAAUUUUUUCAAUAAUUAUAAUCAUUUCCUUUUUACAAAUUGGUAUUGAAUCAAUACAAAGAUUGAUAUAUCCUCCUGAAGCUGGGGAGAUCGUUGCUAUUGGCUUUACUUCAACUGUUAUUAUGGUUGUUACUAUUCUGGUUAAAGUUGUUUGUUAUUUUUGGUGUAAAUCAAUUAAGUCAUCCUCUGUCGCAGCUUUAGCUCAAGAUGCACUAGUUGAUGUUGUUUUCAACACAUUUUCCAUUAUUAUGCCAGUUCUUGGUUAUUAUUUCCAAUUAUAUUGGUUUGAUCCCUUAGGUGCUCUAUUAUUAUCAAUUUAUAUCGUGGUGCAAUGGAGCUAUACAUGUUUUGAGCAUAUCAUUCAUCUAACAGGGAAAUCAGCUGAUAUAGAUGACCAAAGAGUUAUUUUGUAUCUGUGUUCAAGAUUUGCAGAAAAGAUUCAUAAAAUUAAAACACUCAAUUGUUAUCACGUUGGUGAUUCUUUAAAUGUUGAAGUUGAUUUAAUUUUAGAUUCAAAUUUGAGUAUAAGAGAUAGUCAUGAUCUUGCAGAAGCUUUGCAAUACACUUUAGAAGCACUACCAAUUGUUAAUAUUGAAAGAGCGUUUGUUCAUAUAGACUAUACAGUGACCAAUUAUAGAGGUCAUUUAUCAUGAUUCAAGAUUGUGUGGUGUUUCAGUGAUGUUUAAUAAUUGAGUAAUAAAAUGUUUGAUGUGAUGAUGUUGAUAUUAACUAUGAGUAGUGUGUUCAAUUUGGUGUAGCAGUUCUACAGUAUCUCUGUCUCAAAAUAGUUUAUUGCUGACCCGAUAAAAUUGACAGAUAAUCACAAAUAUAAUAAAUUUUUGAGACACCUGUUGUAAACGACUAAAUGUUCACCCAACAGCAGCCCUGAAAGAGAACCUCAUUGACACAUCAACCAUUUUUCGUAACCAAGUUAAAAGCACAAGCGCUCAUGAAUAUGGAAUGCAAAGUAAACUUGUUCGUAAUAUGGAUAUAAGAACUCAACAAGCCAGCAGCUAUGCGACUCAAUUAUUAAUAUAUUGAACUGAACUCAUCUAAUUUAUCAAUAUGGUUCAAGUAUCAAU